GCCGUCACGGCGUCGCGCCGGCCGCGGCCGAACCCGGAAGAGGCCGAGCCCGCGCGUCCGGCCGGCCCGCACCCGGCCCGCACCCGACACCGUCGGAGCGCGCCCGGCCGAGCGGGCCGUGGCCGCGGGGGCCGCCGCCGCAGGUGGUGGUGGCGCGCCGCGAGGCGGGCGCAUGGCACGCGGCUGGGCGGGCGGGCUGUGCCGGCGUCCGCGGCUGGAAUGGUGCUGGCGGCGGCGGUCGGUGCCUGCGUGCUGAAGCCCGAGACGAGCCACCAUGGAGACGCCGCCGCUGCCUCCCGCAUGCACAAAACAGGGUCAUCAAAAGCCUCUCGAUUCAAAAGAUGAUAAUCCUGAAAAACACUGCCCUGUGACAGUGAACCCGUGGCAUAUGAAGAAAGCUUUUAAAGUCAUGAAUGAAUUAAGAAGUCAGAACUUGCUGUGCGAUGUGACCAUUGUGGCAGAGGACACGGAGAUCUCCGCGCACAGAGUGGUGCUGGCCGCCUGCAGCCCUUACUUCCACGCCAUGUUUACAGGUGAGAUGAGUGAGAGCCGAGCAAAGAGAGUCCGCAUCAAAGAGGUGGAUGGCUGGACGCUGAGGAUGCUAAUUGAUUAUGUUUACACUGCAGAAAUUCAGGUCACAGAAGAAAAUGUCCAGGUGCUUCUCCCGGCAGCUGGCCUGUUGCAGUUACAGGACGUGAAGAAGACCUGCUGUGAGUUUUUAGAAUCCCAGCUUCACCCUGUCAACUGCUUGGGAAUCCGAGCUUUUGCGGAUAUGCAUGCGUGCACAGACCUCUUGAACAAGGCCAACACCUACGCAGAGCAGCAUUUUGCUGAUGUCGUGCUAAGUGAAGAGUUUCUCAAUCUUGGCAUUGAGCAGGUGUGCAGCUUGAUCUCAAGUGACAAACUCACCAUUGCCUCGGAGGAGAAGGUGUUUGAAGCAGUAAUAGCGUGGGUGAACCAUGAUAAGGAUGUGAGGCAAGAGUUCAUGGCUCGGCUGAUGGAACAUGUGCGCCUACCUUUGCUUCCCCGGGAGUACCUGGUUCAGAGGGUGGAAGAGGAGGCGCUGGUCAAGAACAGCAGUGCGUGCAAAGAUUACCUCAUUGAGGCGAUGAAGUACCACCUGCUGCCCAGCGAGCAGCGCGUGCUGAUGAAGAGCGUGCGGACGCGCCUGAGGACGCCCAUGAACCUUCCCAAACUGAUGGUGGUGGUUGGGGGCCAAGCACCAAAGGCUAUCCGAAGCGUGGAAUGCUACGACUUCAAGGAGGAGAGGUGGCACCAAGUCGCAGAAUUACCUUCCAGGCGGUGCAGGGCAGGGAUGGUCUACAUGGCUGGGCUGGUUUUCGCUGUCGGCGGCUUCAAUGGCUCGCUCAGAGUCCGCACUGUGGAUUCCUACGACCCCGUGAAGGACCAGUGGACCAGCGUGGCUAACAUGCGAGACCGCAGAAGCACCCUGGGGGCCGCCGUGCUGAACGGCCUGCUCUACGCCGUGGGCGGCUUUGAUGGGAGCACAGGCUUGUCGUCCGUGGAAGCGUAUAACAUCAAAUCCAACGAGUGGUUCCACGUGGCUCCGAUGAACACCAGGAGGAGCAGUGUGGGUGUGGGUGUUGUUGGAGGCUUGCUCUAUGCAGUCGGGGGUUAUGACGGAGCCUCCAGGCAGUGUCUCAGCACCGUGGAGAGCUACAACGCCACAACCAAUGAGUGGACCUACAUAGCGGAGAUGAGUACGCGGCGCAGUGGAGCCGGAGUUGGUGUGUUGAACAACUUACUGUAUGCCGUGGGAGGCCAUGAUGGCCCUUUAGUACGAAAAAGUGUUGAAGUCUAUGACCCCACCACCAAUACCUGGAGACAAGUUGCAGAUAUGAACAUGUGUCGAAGAAAUGCAGGCGUUUGUGCAGUAAAUGGCCUGUUAUAUGUCGUCGGUGGAGAUGAUGGCUCCUGUAACCUGGCAUCAGUGGAGUACUAUAACCCAACUACCGACAAGUGGACGGUUGUGUCUUCUUGUAUGAGCACGGGGAGGAGCUACGCAGGAGUCACAGUUAUUGAUAAGCCACUAUGAAGGGCGUCCUGAGCAGUCACCCGUGAAGAAGAGGCUUCCACAAGCAUUUCUGCAGUGACUGGGCACCUAGCACUUCUCCACUUGUAGCUGCACUUUAAGUCUCAGCAGAAGACAAGCUCUCUGCCUUUCUAGGCCUCGGUUCCUGAAGAUUAUUUUCGGUCGAAGCACUGUGUGGGCUCUUCCCGCACUGAGCAGCAGCUGGCUGGAUUUCAGCGAGAACCCUGGGCUGCCGGCGUCCCUCUGGAGUUCCCAGACACCGGCUUUCCUAAACACCACUGCUUUUCAUCCGGGAGUGACCAGGGAUUAUUCUGUGAGGAGGAGAAAGUAAUAUGUGCUCUUGUAAAGUUAAAUUUAAUCUUUAUUCCUUAUCUUGAAAAUCUGUGUACCCGGGAACUGAAAAUCUCUGAGCAGGUAUUAAAAUCCGCGUAAGUAUACAAGCUAGUGGAGGGAUGACACUGUUUGCUUUUAUAAAAUAUCUUUGAUUACAUGAAUAUAAUAAAUUGUGUGCAUAUAAAUGUGUGUCUAUAUGCUUUCCUUUAAAUAUGUUUGAAAAGAUGUUUGAAACUUGAUUAUACUAUUUAUAAUUGGCACAGUACUUUGAAUUAUGCCAGUACUACAUUGUAAAACAGAGUUGUAUUUUUUGAUAUUUAACAAUGCUUAACACUUUAAAAUGCCACUUCUGAGGAACGAACAUGGUGUGACACACUUGAAUAUGUGUGAUGCCAAACUUUUUUAAAUAAAAGAUAAAUGAUGCCUAUUUAUUAUUUUCUUUAGUUUAAUAUUGGUCAUGUUUUGGUGUGUAUUUUUCAUUUUUUUUGUUAAAGUAACACUUUGGCAUGAACAUUACUGCAGGUUUUUGAUGAAUAUAAUGAAUGUCUGCAAUUCAACUGAAUUUGCAUGGUCUUACGACAUUUUUCUGUGUGUAUAAAUUUAGCUGCUGUUAACAGAAGAAAGGACUUCCUGUAAGUAGCCAUUGUGCAUCGGUCAGAUUCAACUUUUCUGAGCUCUUCAACUAGUCUCACUUUAAAAAAAACGACCAAAACAUGUCUUUCUUGAAUUAUCUUUGAAUAAAAGUUUGUAUAUUAUUUGUUUCACAA